GAAAAAGAGAGAGAAGAAGAAGAAGAAGAAGAACCGAUUUGGAUUCUUGAUUUCCCAUAGCACCUUCUCUGACGACUCACGCGUCUCUCGUGAUCUCCAACGACGUCGUUUUGGUCGCGAUCGUUAAUAUAUUUGAAAGGCUUUGUUUUUUGUUUUUUGAUUCGCCGGGGGAUUCUGCCGUGUUUGCGCGCGAAUUGGGAGGCCGGCGGAUUGGAAUUGUAGGGUUUUUGAGGAGUUGGGGGAUUGCGAUGGGUCUGGGAAGCGAUGAGGAGGUUGUGGUGGAAGAAAGCGACAGUGUCGGUGGCGACGGCUGCGGUGGUGGAGGUGGUUGUGGGAGGAAGACGUACGGUGGCUCUGUGUCCUGCUCGAUUUGUCUUGAGGUGGUUGCUGAUAAUGGGGAUCGGUCUUGGGCCAAGCUGCAAUGUGGCCAUGAUUUUCAUUUAGAUUGCAUUGGUUCCGCAUUUAAUAUAAAAGGCGCAAUGCAAUGCCCUAACUGCCGGAAGAUUGAGAAAGGCCAAUGGCUUUAUGCUAACGGCUGUCGUUCAUUUCCGGAAUUUAGCAUGGAUGAUUGGAACCAUGAUGAAGAUCUGUAUGAUCUAAGUUACUCUGAAAUGUCCUUUGGCGUCCACUGGUGUCCAUUCGGUAGCCUAGCACGACUUCCUUCAUCAUUUGAGGAAGGGGACUUCUCACCCACUUCAUAUCAUGAUUUACUUGGACAGCAUGCCAUCUUUGCUGAACAUACUGCUGUAUCAUCUGCUGCUCAUCCUUGCCCAUAUAUUGCUUACUUUGGACCAGUUCACCCUUCAUCAUCUAAUUCAGCCGGAAGUGUUUCCGAACCUUCCAACUUUAACCAUCAUUGGACGGGCACAUCUGUACCUAGUGAACUACCAAGCUCUUAUGCUUUUCCUGCCAUGGACCUUCAUUAUCACAGUUGGGACCAUCACUCCCCGCCAUUCUCUACAACCACCAAUCAUAUUGGUGGCGUUGACCAAACUUCAAUUCCAUCUGUGACUCAAAGAUCUGCGAGGUCAGGCGCGGAGAUACCAAGAUCAGGAUCUUUCAUGCAUCCAUUUCUUGUCGGUCAUAGUUCUACUGCGAGAGCUGGCAGCUCAGUCACGUCUUCAAUGAUUCCUCCAUACCCAGGCAGCAAUGCCCGGGCUCGCGACAGAGUCCAAGCUCUUCAGGCCUACUAUCAACAGCAACAGCCUAGAAAUUCUCCAACAAUGCGCACCCCCAUGAUUUCAGGAGCCCGGAGAACAAGCAAUCAAAGAGGUUUGCCUCAAGUGGGGCCAGUGGCUUCAUCAUCAGAACAAAAUGGUGGUUUCUAUUUUUACCCUUCUGGUUCAUCAGGCCGUAAUUACCAAGAAGCUGAAAAUCCGUUAUCUACUCGUUAUCAUGCAUGGGAACGGGAUCACCUGCCCUCAUUCUCGAUGAAUCAGGUCGAUCGUGAUCCUGGUUGGGCUGCCCUUCACCAGGGUGGAAGUGGAUCAGAGUCAACAAUUAGGGGAAACAGCUUACGGCGGCAUGGGUCUGAGAGGACAUCUUCACAAAAUCGGUCAUAGGCCGUUCUCAUUAUUCUUGUUGGUGAAGUAAACUACCACUGCUAUAACUGAAAUCCUAAAUUAUGUAUGCUUGAGAAACGAUAUAUCUCGGGGUCUGUUAAUGACCUGACAGGCUACAAGUUACUGUGGUGGUGCCCUGAAAAUGUUGUCUAUAGCCACAUCGUGGUGUGCUGGACUUAAGUUUCCUCUAGUUUCUUCACCUUGAGGAUAUGGAAUAAGAUGGUGUUAAUGGCAAAUGUAGGAUUUGAGCGAAUUCUCCGGCCAUGUUAUCUCUGGUGAUCCUGUUCUGCUUUGACAAAAACAAACUAUUCUUCAGGUUAUCAGUGGAUCAUUAUUUCUGCCAAAAACAUAUUUGAACAAUUAUUGGUAAAGAAAUGAAUUCCUUACCAAUUAUUUGAACAUGCAGUUCUUGAACUUGUGCUGCACAUAAGUGAGCUGGCUUUGACAAUGAUCCAGCUUCCAAAUUUGUAUGGCUGAUUAUGCCAUCGUAAUUAAUUAUAAGUGGGGUUUGUAAUCUUUUGUUCAUGCAUCUCUCUCGUGAAGUGUCGCACUUGUAACAUGAACCUUUAAAACCAUGAGACAGUUUUACAUUCCUAGCCUCUUGAUCAUGUUUUUGGAUUUGGCAAAUUCAAACGUUUUGUUCUUCAA